AUGGUAGAUCAAAAGCCAUUAUUUCUCUCGAAAUACAUACGUGCAAUCAAAGACUCGCCUAGGGAGAUUUACAAUCGAAACCUAUUUCUCUCAGUUUGCUCUUUUGCCCUUGGAGGUUGUGCCAAAGGAUGGGACGAAGGAGCGGCAUCAGCUAUUUCCCAAUUACCGGCAUUCAAAAGCACCUACCAGCUCGACGACAAUACUAUCUCCAAUCUUGUCUCCUUUGUCAAUCUCGGAGCCGGCGUCGGUGCCCUUCUCUCCUUUCCGCUGAACGACAGAAUUGGCCGGAUUUGGUCACUGCGGACAUAUCAACUCGUCUAUGUUGCCGGUAGUCUUAUCUCCUGCCUAUCGUAUGGCCAUGUCGCUGCACUAUACGCUGGCCGUAUCGCUGCCGGCUUGGGUAUCGGAGCCCUAUCGGUACUGGCACCGAUGGCCAUUGCUGAAAUAGCUCCGAAGACGACACGAGGACUAAUGACAAUGUGGUUCAGUGUGUGUAUGCUGUCCGGGCAGAUGUUGGGAAUAUUCACUGUAUAUGGCUGCUCCAUCCAUAUCUCCAGUGAACAGGACCUGCAGUAUCAAAUUCCUUGGUUCGUGCAGACUUUCGCUCCGGCCAUCAGUUGCACUAUGUCGCUAUUCAUAGUCGAGUCUCCUCGCUGGCUAGUCCUUCUAAACAGACAUGAUACAGCUCUGACAGCUCUUGUUCGUCUGCGUGGUCUUCCAUCCCACGAUAAGUACAUACAGGACGAAUACCAGGGCAUGACAUCUGAGACCGAGGAAAAUGAAUCUAACAGCUCCUGGCGAGUUGUCAAGGAGACCCUCACCAUUCGUUCAAAUUUGCGUCGCUUGCAACUUACUAUAACAGCUUACACCCUGGCCCAAAUGUCCGGUGCCAACUCAAUUACCAAUUACCUUCCCACGAUCUUCGGUAUGGUCGGUGUCACUGGGUCGAACGUCAAGCUUUAUACGACUGGGCUCUACGCUCUCACCAAGCUCGUCUGCUGUAUUACUGCCUCUCUCAUUUUGGUUGAUCUCGCAGGCCGUCGACGAUCAUUGAUGCUGGGGGUUAGCAUCCAAGUCAUAUGCCAUUCCUACCUAGUGGGCUACUUGAACAUCUACGUUCAUGAUUCUUCUAGUGUGACGAAAGGUGCAUCCGAUGCGGCAAUCGCGAUGAUAUUCCUCCAUGCUCUGGGCUGGGCUAUGGGCCUCUACAGCAUGCCAUAUCUAUUCGGCGCUGAAUUAUGGCCGAACCGCAUCCGCUCAUUUGGCGGCGCUAUCUCGCAAUGCUUCCACUGGGCCUUUUAUUUCGCUAUCACAAAGGCUACACCAUCUUUACUAUCUGGAUUGGAUCAAUGGGGAGCCUUUGUGCUCUUUGCUGGAUUCUGUGUGUUGGCUUUCGCGUAUACGUACUUCCUCGUGCCCGAAACUACUGGACUUGGGCUCGAGGAAAUUAAUGCACUUUUCGAACGGCCUUUGUACAUGCUGGGACGGCCGUUGGAUACUCGAAGGGAAAGUCCACAGGGUGACGAGAAGCCCGAAUCUACGUGGGUUGAAAAGGUGCAACAAUAUUAG